AUGCUGCGUGAUCUCGUCGGAAAUAUCCUGGAGCCAGGCCUGAAAGCCGCAGGUCAUGGUCAAGAUCUUGACGCGCAGGAGAUGGAUCUCCACUUCCUCCUCGUGCGCAAGCUAAAGGAGGAGGACGGCACUCUUCAGGCUUCCCUUUCCUCUGACGACUGCGCCGCGGCAGAAGCUUUGUCGGCCCUGCAGACACGAGGACUAGCGCUGCAAAGUUCGGCGGAUGAUCCAUGGAAGGAGGUAAUGUCCUCUAUUGUCCCUCUGAUUCAAAACUUGGUCUUCGAGGACGGCAAACUCGCAGUUGCCCAGGAGAUGCGGCAAGCAAUGGGAGGUGCAUGCCUGCGAAUUGAGGAAUACCGGACCAGCGCGGUUCCGUUCUCGGACUUUUGGCAGUGCGGCUCUGACACGCACGACAACUUCGGCGAUGCGGCCUAUACACCAUCCGAGCAGCUGAUGGAGAAGCUUGUAGAUCUUUCUGGCGUGCAGCUGCCAACCUGGGCCCGACUACACUUGCACUCAGGCAACGAAAGUGAUGCGCUCUACGGAAAGUGGUGUGGGAUGCCUGCGCCUCCGGAGUACGAGGAUGAGAUGGGCCGUCCCGUAGGCAAUCGGAAGUUUUGGGAGGACUGUGUCAUGCGAAAUGCUGGAUAUUUCAACGCGCUGGUAUGUGACACCGAUGGUGCUUACUCGGUGUUGGGCUUGGCAGCCCUGAACCAUGGGGUGUGCUAUCCUGCGCACAACCACGACAAUCAGGAGGCAUACUGGCAAUUAGGCGGUCCAGGGUGGUGGAAAACCUGGCCCAAGACCUUCCACAAGCAGCCCAACGAAAGGCCAUACUCAGAGAUUCGGAUCACAAGCCCGUCUCCUGCGCUGCAACUUCACAAUCACCCAGGUGGGGUGGUGCAUGAAAUGGACACAACCCACGAUGACGACUAUCUCCUGACAGUCUACUGGUGGGGCAAGCCUGCCAACCAAGCGGUAAACUAUGCUUACAGCCAUAACGUUCAAGAGCAGGGGUCCUGCUUCCGCACUUACAGAAAUGAGCAUGCCGAUGUGCAGCACAGCUGCCCCAAUCCGUACAGACCACCUUGGGCAGCUCCCAUCUUGGGACCUCGCCCUGUGAGCGGCUCCGGCAAUGCCUACUUGCGCACCGUCAAGAACCCGAAAGUCGAUGUGCGCAUCACGAAGCGAGCUCAGGACAACUUUGCAAGCAAAGUCGUAGAGGUGGACCCGGAGGAGGAGCCUCCGGAGUUGCCAGAGCACAUCAGCAGCAAGCUGCUGUACUACCUGCAGUCUGCCCGGCAGCUCACCAAGAACUCCCUGGAGCAGAUGCCUCACAAUACCGAGGCUGCCAGCUUUUGGAAGCCCUGCGGGGAGCUUCUCGGUGCCUGCCUCUGCACUGGCCUCGCGCGUUUGGCCGUGCAGGGUGCCUCCUCGGCCAUAGCUUUCACUCCUUCCAUUGCCGUGUCCGACGUGAUCUUCUGCCACAACUCUAGCUUCCCACAGGUUGUCUGGGAAGAUGGUGUGCGAGGAUUCCCGGACAGCGACAGCUGGUGUGAGUGCCUUUCGCUGGAUGCCACUGGCCCUUCCGACGUCCGCACUCACUUGGCGCUGCUGCACCGGGAGUUUGCGGAUGUCUUUUGUGAGGGGAACGGCGGCUGCAGCGAGGCCCGGGUAUCGUUGCCCUUGGCCCCGGCGCCCCCUGUUGACAUGGAGUCGCCUUUCAAGGCCACCGAUGCAGUCGCCGAGAGCCCCAAGUCAAAGUUGACGGUCAAGUGGUUCAUCAUUGGAAUCUCCAGCGCUCUCGGUAUUAUCUUCCUUUCCUUCGUUUCGUACCGACUCCGCUACCAUGGUGCAAUCCAUGGCUAG